AGGUUGAUGUGGAGCCUGAGGUUGGUGUGGAGCUUGAGGGUGAUGCUGGAGCACGACGGGAUGAGGUGCCAGUCCAGACAGAGGCACCGUUUCCAGGGGGCCUGAUGAUCUGUCACUGUUGGUCCGUUACCCACAUCACGUUGCGCCGUGUCUGUGGCAUCAUAUUAUAGGCACCGACCCGCGUUACCCCGAUAGAGGUGUGUUGAAGUUUGCCAGCGCUGGGAUGAAGCUGGCAAAGCUGACAUGUGAGGGCGAGGGAGACGAUAUGAGCGCUGUUCGUCAGCGUGUGGAGGGGACCGGACUCUAUCCGCUCUUCAGUUGCACCUAUCUGGAGAUAGACACACCCCUUCUAUCUGCCCUCGUCGAGAGAUGGCAUGAGGAUACCAGCAGCUUCCACAUGCCAUUCGGGGAGAUGACCAUCACCCUGGAUGACGUGUCAUCUAUACUUCAUUUGCCGAUGGGUGAUAGGUUUUAUACUCCCGGACAGGCCAGCAGAGAACAGGCAGCGGAGACCUGUGUUCUGCUCUUAGGAGGGGUAGCCACGGACUACAUCAUGGAGUUUAAGGCGGUGAAGACCAUUGGCUUGCGAUUCGGGUUCUUGCAGACUCUUUACACUAGGGCUCUUGCUGAGCAUCGGCAUGACCAUGCAGCACGGAUGUGGCUACUUCACCUCCUCGGCUCGACCUUGUUUGCGAACAAGAGUGGAGGACACUACACUUCUGUCCAUUGGAUCGGCAUGCUGCAGCACCUUGAUCGGGUGUCAGAGUAUGCGUGGGGCGCCAUUGCACUAGCUACACUGUAUGAUGCACUUGGUCAUGCCUCACGGAGGAAGACCAAGCAGAUGAGCGGUUGUUCUUCCCUCCUGGUAGCUUGGGUGUUUGAGCACUUCCCACCCACCAUUAUUCAGCGGAUUGAGGUCCCCGAGUACACGGAGGACCAGCCCAGAGCGUGCAGGUGGAUGGAGUCCCGGGCUGGGCAUGCUGGACUGAUGGAGAGGCGAGUAAUCUUCGAUGAGAUGACGGCAGAGGACAUCAUAUGGACACCGUAUGAGGAGCACAGGAGUCACAGAGAGCUGGACGUCCGAGCUUUAUACUCAGGCUACAUCCGGACUCCCAUCCGGACGGCCGUGCGACCUCAUCUUCCUGAGCGUGUGAUGCGGCAGUUUGGCAUACCAGGAUUAUGA